AUGCAUAAGGUAAUCAUAGGAAAGAAGCGUCUUAAGAGAUUGGUUUCUCUUCCUACAACGGGCAGUAGAAAAUGGCGAUCGAAAGACUCCCGCGAAGGGCCGACGGGUUCGGGAUUUGGAAAACCAAGUGUUUACCAUGCCACAGUAGUCAUCUUCCUGGAAUUUUUUGCCUGGGGUCUUCUCACAUCACCUAUGUUAACAGUCCUACACAACACAUUCCAGCAACACACAUUUCUAAUGAAUGGAUUAAUUCAGGGAGUUAAGGGAAUAUUAUCUUUUUUGUGUGCUCCACUAAUUGGUGCCCUUUCGGAUGUUUGGGGACGUAAAUCCUUUCUACUUGUUACUGUUUUCUUCACUUGUAUACCUAUCCCUCUUCUACAAUUUAACCCAUGGUGGUUUUUUGCUAUGAUCUCAGUUUCUGGGAUGUUUGCAGUCACCUUUUCAAUAGCAUUUGCCUAUGUAGCUGACUGUACCGACGAAGGUGAUAGAAGCACUGCUUAUGGACUGGUUUCUGCUACAUUUGCAGCAAGUCUAAUCAUAAGUCCAGCACUCGGAGCAUAUCUUGGUAGAAUAUAUGACGACAGGGCUGUUGUGGCGCUAGCUACUUUUGUGGCUGCUUCAGAUCUGCUGUUUAUUUUAGUUGCUGUUCCUGAGUCUCUCCCUGAACGGGUGAGGCCAGCAUCUUGGGGAGCACCAAUCUCUUGGGAACAGGCUGAUCCUUUUGCCUCUUUACGCAAAGUUGGCCAGGAUCCUAUAGUUCUGUUGAUGUGUAUUACAGUGUUCCUGUCAUAUCUACCUGAAGCUGGCCAGUAUUCUUGUAUGUUUCUGUAUCUCAAGCAAGUUAUAAAAUUUACUUCAGACGAUGUGGCUACAUUUAUAGCAGUGUUAGGAGUAUUAUCAGUUAUCUCUCAGACUGUAGUCCUUACAUGUCUCAAGAAAACUAUAGGAUUGAAGAAUUGCGUUCUUAUUGGUUUAAUAUUUGAAAUUCUUCAGUUAUCUUGGUAUGGUCUCGGAACUCAGUUUUGGAUGAUGUGGGCAGCUGGAUCCCUGGCGUCAAUAUCGAUGAUAACAUAUCCAUCCAUGAGUGCCCUGGUGUCCUGUAACGCUGAAGCUGAUCAGCAAGGUGUGGUUCAAGGUAUGAUAACAGGAAUAAGAGGCUUGUGUAAUGGCAUAGGACCUGCUCUUUUUGGUUUGGUGUUUUACGUUUUUCACGUGGAUUUAGAAGACGAGGAAGGUCCAACUGUCGAUAUCACUGCUACAAGUAAUCACACCAUUAUGGAGGACCCGUACGGCAAGACAAUCGUAUCUGGAGCACCGUUUCUAUUCGGCGCUGGCUCUGUUAUUCUUUCUCUUCUAUUGGCGUUCUUCCUUCCUGAUAACAGUGCUAAUUUUCAACUUAGUGCACGUUCUCCAACCAGGAGAAACAGCGAAUUUAGUUUCCAAAGCGAGUGCGAGGCUAGUGGCUCUGAGUUAAGGGACAUGAAUACGUCAUCUGAUAAUGCACCUCUUCUCUGCGACACCAAGCCACUUUAGGACCUCAACGGUCUCUCAAGUACAACCAUGUACGCAGUGGAAAUACUGAUUCUUAUCUGACAAACAACCUUAGUUAGGAGCCAUUUUUGGAAGGCUCAUAGAAUGGAUGCAAGUUGAUCAAGAUCCCUUGACGAAAGGAAAAGCGACCACGUAACACACGCUGCGUCUUGUGAAAGCAGAACGUGAGAGACUUUGUAAAGCAAAAUGGAAAAUAUGAUCUUGAUUGACAACUGCAUUGUAUUUUUCUAAAAAGCAC